AUGGCAUCAGUAUUAUCAAGUUGUGGUAAAAUUACUGAUGAAAAAGAUGAUGACAAAGCCACCGUGGAUGUAAAUACUAUGUUGGAGUUGGUGUUUACUAUAAAGUUACGUUGUGUGCGAAUUGUGCUGGAAACUGUAGUUAA